GGAGGGAGAGAGGCGCGCGGCUGAAAGGCGCAUUGAUGCAGCCCGCGGCGGCGGCCUCGGAGCGCGGUGGGGCCAGACGCUGACCACGUCCCUGCUCCAGGCCUCCUCUUCUGCCUCCGCCUCCUGCUCCUGGUCCCCAGCCGCUGCGCGCCAUGCUUCCCUGGGGUCCCGCCACCUCCCCGCAGCGGCUCCUCGGCCUCCUGCUGCUUCUGCUGCUGCAGCUGCCCGCGCCGUCGGGCGCCUCCGAGACCCCUAAGGGGAAGCAAAAGGCCCUGCUCCGGCCGAGGGAAGUGGUGGACCUGUAUAAUGGAAUGUGCUUACAAGGGCCAGCUGGGGUGCCUGGUCGAGAUGGGAGUCCUGGGGCCAAUGGCAUUCCAGGUACCCCUGGGAUCCCAGGUCGGGAUGGAUUCAAAGGAGAAAAGGGGGAAUGCUUGCGGGAGAGCUUUGAGGAGUCUUGGACACCCAACUACAAGCAGUGUUCAUGGAGUUCUCUCAAUUAUGGGAUAGAUCUUGGAAAAAUCGCAGAAUGUACAUUUACAAAGAUGCGUUCCAACAGUGCUCUAAGAGUUUUGUUCAGCGGCUCACUUCGGCUAAAAUGCAGAAAUGCAUGCUGUCAGCGUUGGUAUUUCACAUUCAAUGGAGCAGAAUGUUCGGGACCUCUUCCCAUUGAAGCCAUAAUUUAUUUGGACCAAGGAAGCCCUGAACUGAACUCAACAAUUAAUAUUCAUCGCACUUCUUCUGUGGAAGGACUUUGUGAAGGAAUUGGUGCUGGAUUAGUGGAUGUUGCUAUCUGGGUUGGUACUUGUUCAGAUUACCCAAAAGGAGAUGCUUCCACCGGCUGGAAUUCAGUAUCUCGCAUCAUUAUUGAAGAACUACCAAAAUAAAUCCUUUUCUUUUUUUUUUUCCCUUUCCUUUUCGUUUCCUACCUCUUUUUUAUUAUACCUUUGAAUGGUUCAUUUAAAUGACAUAUGUAAUAAUUUUUAUGUAUACAUCUGAAUGAAAAAGCUAAUCAUGUUUACAGACCAAAGUGUGAUUUCACACUGUCUUAAAAUCUAGUAUUCAUUGUACUUCAACCAAAAGUGGUUUCAGGAAUUUUUAGUUGAUGAGAAUACUUUCAUCAUAUUCACAUUCUCUGAAGCUGUAAUUUGCAAUGUCAUGGUCUUCCAUUGUUCCUAUUCUCUUAGUACAGUAUUUUAAGAAACAUAAAAGCUACCAGUCUUUGUACAAGUUGUAAAUGUUCAGAAUUGUUUUUAUAUCUGUUAAAUAAAACUUAUUUCCAAUAACCUUAA